GCUAAUGGUUGCCGCCGUCGUGGGAGGGGAGAACAUUCGCCACGCCACGUCAUCUAUCCUUUACCCCACUCCGCGUCACGUUUCUUCCCUGCUCGCCGUUACCCCAAAGCCAAACCCUGAACCCUCUUCUCCCCUCUCUUUCCCGCCUUGAUCCCCCACUAUCUCUCCAAUCCCCGUUUAAGCCCACCCGGGUCACAGCGAAGAAUCUAGAGUGUUCCUCCUCAUUCGCCACCAUGAAUAUUUUCCGGCUUGCCGGCGACAUGACCCAUCUCUUCAGCGUGCUCGUCCUCCUCCUGAAGAUCUACGCCACCAAAUCUUGCUCAGGGAUCUCGCUCAAGACGCAGGAGCUGUACGCUUUGGUGUUCUUGACUCGGUACUUGGAUCUGUUCGCGGAUUUCAUCUCGGUGUACAACUCUGUGAUGAAGGUGGUGUUCAUGUCGACUUCGAUCGCCAUCGUGUGGUGCAUGAGGUACCAUCCCCUGAUGCGGCGGACUUAUGACAAGGAUCAGGACACCUUCCGGCACUACAUUCUUGUCGGUGUGAGCUUUAUCCUGGCGCUGCUCUUCCAUGAUCGAUUUUCAUUUCGAGAGGUGUUUUGGGCAUUCUCCAUAUACUUAGAGGCAGUGGCAAUACUUCCUCAGUUAGUUUUGCUGCAGAGAAGCAGAAAUGUGGAUAAUUUGACUGGACAAUAUGUUUUCUUUCUUGGAGCUUACCGUGCAUUUUACAUUCUCAACUGGAUAUAUCGCUAUUUCAGAGAGGAUCAUUACCGUCAUUGGAUAGCUUGGAUCGCUGGUCUUGUUCAGACAGCUCUCUAUGCUGAUUUCUUCUAUUACUAUUUUGUAAGUUGGAAAAAUAAUGCAAAGCUUCAGCUGCCUGCUUAAGCUAGUUGUGGUGCAAGUCAUAUUCUGAAGCUGCUACACACCAAGUAAUCUGAAAUCUGUUGUACAACUUAGUGAGUUCUAAAUUGAACAAUGCGGCAAAAUAUGGAAAAGGAAUUUGUGGGAAGAAGUUAUGAAUCCAACCCCCAUUACUACAUGAAUACACAAUGCCAUUAUGGAUUGUAGGGGUUUUAGAAGCCAUACCUUUUUUUCUUGCUUUUUGUUCAUAUAUGUGGAAGCUAACGGAUUACUAAUUUCAGGGAGAGUGUGCGAAUUCGUAUGUAUUCAGACUAUACGUAUGGUUUUUUGCAUGAAACAAAGCUUUUGUUCUAGU